CAGGCCGAAGGAGGAGGAGGAAGACUUCUUUUCGGCCCAAGUUUAGCUCCUUCUUUUGUGGAUCCAUUGCCAACCGUGGUCGUCUUCCUCCUCGCUCCUCCUUCCACACCAUAUGAUCCAUUUUCCCAUCCAAACCACGGAAGAGGCCCUCCUCUCUCUCUUUCUCUCUUCUCUCUUCUCCCUCCUCUGCUGCGGCUAGUGCGCACCUUACGUGGUGAUCAAUGAGGGGCGCGGUGUUGGUGGCCAUCACGGCCGCCAUAGGCAACAUGCUCCAGGGCGUGGACAACGCCACGAUCGCCGGUGCCGUGAUGUACAUCAAGAGGGAAUUCCAUCUGGAGACGCAGCCGGCCGUUGAGGGCCUCGUGGUGGCCACCUCCCUCAUCGGCGCCACCAUCAUCACCACUUUCUCCGGCCCCGUCGCCGACAUUGUUGGCCGCCGCCCGAUGCUCAUCGCCUCCUCGCUCCUCUACUUCCUGGGCGGGCUCGUCAUGCUCUGGUCUCCCAACGUGUACGUGCUCCUCAUCGCCCGCCUCAUCGACGGCUUCGGCGUGGGGCUCGCCGUCACGCUCGUCCCCGUCUACAUCUCCGAGACGGCGCCGCCGGAGAUCCGGGGCUUGCUCAACACCUUUCCGCAGUUCACGGGUUCUGCCGGCAUGUUCAUGGCCUACUGCAUGAUCUUCACCAUGACGCUCCAUCCGGGCCCGAGCUGGCGAACCAUGCUGGGCGUGCUAGCCGGGCCCUCUCUGAUCUACCUCGCGCUGACGGUGUUCUACCUGCCGGAGUCCCCGCGCUGGCUGGUGAGCAAGGGGAGGAUGAAGGAGGCGAGGGUGGUGCUGGAGAAGCUGAGGGGCAGGGAGGACGUGUCCGGCGAGAUGGCGCUGCUGGUGGAGGGGCUGGGGAGCGCCGGCGAGACGGAGAUCGAGGAGUACGUCGUCGGCCCGGCCGACGGCGACCAGGAGCAGAGGGACACGGUGACGCUGUACGGGCCCGAGCAGGGGCUGUCGUGGGUGGCGCAGCCCGUCGCCGGCGGGAGGGGCAGCAUGCUGGGGAGCGCGCUGGGGCUCGGUGGCACGGGGCGGCAGGGGAGCAUGUUCGACUCCAUGAGGGACCCCGUGGUGGCGCUCCUCGGGAGUGUGCACGAGCGCCUCCCCGGAGACGCCGGCGCCGGGAGCAUGAGGGGGAGCACGCUGUUCCCCAACCUCGGGAGCAUGCUCAGCGUUGAGAGGCCUGGCGGCGCCGCCGCCGGCGCCCCCGGUGGCAGCGGUGGAGCGUGGGACGAGGAGAACGCGGCGCGCGCGGAUGACGAGGACGACGAGUACCUGUCGGACGACGACGAGCCGGCAGCAGCGCCUGGCGGCGGUGGCGGUCUCGAGGCGCCCCUGCUGUCGAGGCAGAGCACGGAGGUGGAAGGUAAGACGAACGCCAACGAUCCACGGAGCCAGUCUAUGCAGAGGUUCAGCAGUAUGGGCGGCGGCGUGGACGCGGCAAGCACCAUGGGCAUCGGCGGCGGCUGGCAGCUGGCGUGGAAGUGGACCGAGAAGGUGGGCCCCGAUGGCGUGAAGCGCGGCGGCGUCAAGAGGAUGUACCUGCACGAGGAAGGCAUCCCCGGCGGCGCCAACGGCGCGGCCGCGGGCGCCGGCGGACCUGGCGAGUACGUCCACGCAGCGGCGUUGGUCAGCCAGUCCAUGCUCUACACCAAGGACGUCCUCAUCGGACAGAGCCCCACAGAGCCGGCCUUCGCCAACCCGCCGGAGGCCGUCGCCACCAAGGCCGCCGCCAGCGGCCCCCGCUGGCGCGAGCUCCUCGAGCCCGGCGUCCGCCACGCCCUCUUCUGUGGGAUGAUGAUUCAAAUCCUCCAGCAGUUCUCCGGCAUCAACGGCGUGCUCUACUACACGCCACAGAUCCUGGACCAGGCCGGCGUCAGCGUGCUCCUCGCCGGCCUCGGCCUGAGCGCCGACUCCACCUCCAUCCUCAUCUCCGGCCUCACCACGCUGCUCAUGAUGCCAAGUAUCGGGCUCGCCAUGUGGCUCAUGGACUUGUCCGGCCGGCGCACCCUGCUGCUCACCACCAUCCCCGUGCUCAUCUUCUCCCUCGUCAUCCUCAUCGUCGCCAACGUCGUGCCCAUGGCCACCACCGUGCACGCGGCGCUCUCCACCGGCUCCGUCAUCAUCUACUUCUGCUGCUUCGUCAUGGGCUUUGGUCCCAUCCCCAACAUCCUCUGCGCCGAGAUCUUCCCCACCCGUGUCCGCGGCCUCUGCAUCGCGCUCUGCUCCCUCACCUUCUGGAUCGGCGACAUCAUCGUCACGUACAGCCUCCCCGUCAUGCUCAACUCCAUUGGCCUCGCGGGGGUCUUCGGGAUCUACGCCUGCGUCUGCUGCCUCGCGCUUGUCUUCGUGGCGCUCAAGGUGCCCGAGACCAAGGGCCUGCCACUCGAGGUCAUCAUCGAGUUCUUCAACGUCGGCGCCAAGGGAAUCCCAGAGCAGAUGGAUUAAUUAAUUAAACAUACCAAAUGGUCGAUGAUCCAACCAUAAGGAGGUAAUAUAUAGGUGAGAGGAAAGAUAAUAACGUUGGUUAGUACGGCGUCCUGAUUGUUACUGGGUCUCUUGCUCCAUGCUUGCUAUUCAUGCGGCGAUGUUAGGCUAAAGCAGACCAAGACCAAUGAUGGUCGAUUAUUAGUAUGUCAGUUUUACUUCCUUUAUUCGGUUUGAAACCUUUUUGUUCUAUACAUUGUCUAAAUUUUCAAUGUAUGAGUGUAUUUUCUUAUGUAAACAAAAACAUGAGUAUAUUCCCCUUAUCUUAUAUGCAUAUUUCUAGUUGAUUUUUU